AUGGAUCCAGGCGAAAGGCGGAACGUGGAUCGUGCUGGUCUCCCGCCCUCGGCGAAGAUCCGUGCUGCUUCCAACGAAAGCUCACACGGAAGGCACGGAAACUACCCUCUGAAUCCGCCCAACUAUCCGUGCCGUCAAGAUCUUUUUAAGUGGGCGAAACUUGAAUAUUUGGUGAUACCACCCAAUAGUAUUCAAUCCUGUCACUUGAUGCUCCAACUCCACAUUGCUUUGGGCACAAUUGUACCGAGCAUAGCUACUACUCCAACACUGUUCCGUCAAGACCUCCAGCUGGUCCGCAUUCGAUUGGAGAGUCACAGAGACAUGCAAGCACAACAAGCUCUACACUCGGAAGCCUCCCAGCUAAACUCGCCUCAAAGUCACGAAGCUCAAAAAGCUUUUUACGGCACUAGCUCCUCCUGCCUUCUCUCCUUUACCUCCGCGCUCACAUCGCACUGA